UAAAUUUGCAGUGCUAGUUACAGGGACUAAACAAUAUUACAAACAAUAAUUUCAUAAAAAACAGCAGAUUGAAUCGGUGAAUUUUAAAAACACUCUACUCUAUACCUAGCUUGGCUGACACUGACAUUGACAGUCAAUGCAGCUGACUGAAGAUGGACUGAAGUGACAACCGCAUUGGAUAAAAAAAUUAUCAAAUCAGCUGAGUGAGUAAACCAAAACAUCGUUCUGAAAAUCAGUGCCUGACUGCCGACAUUAUUUUUAAUUGUUAUUAUAUUAACGAAGAAAGUUUUCUAAAGACCUGCGGCAAUGCCUUAUGUAGCGAUUAUGAGUUUGAAAAAGAAGAAAAACGUUAUAGUAUUGACAAUUUGUAUGAUUUCGUGUUUCAUAAUGUAUCAGAUGUAUUUUUUCUUAACAUUAUCUUCAGAAACAAGAAAUAUAAACCGAAUCAUUCCAGUUAUCGGCCACGAAAAUAGCAAAGGCUUGCAUAUUCGUUCGGAAGCAGAUCGGUUUAUAAACGAUAAUGGAGUUAUUCAUGGUGUUUACUUCAAGUCUGUGUCGUUGUAUAAGCCGGAUGUCGGAGAAUUUAAGUGUUUACAUUCCGAUAGAAAAAUUCCUUACGAGCAGGUAAACGAUGACUACUGCGACUGCGAAGAUGGCACCGACGAACCUAGCACACGAGCCUGUGUAAACGGAACUUUUUAUUGUGCUACACAGUAUCAUGGUAAAAUGGGACUGAUUAAUAAGAUUUCGUCGAGUAAAGUAAAUGAUGGCAUUUGUGACUGCUGUGAUGGUUCUGAUGAAUGGUUACAAGAACCCAAUACUAAAUUAUUAUCCCAAGCUCAUUCAAAUCAUAGACGUUUUGUAUCAAAAUGUGAAAAUCUUUGUUAAGUAAGGAUAAUCUAGUGUAAAGUACUUACUAUAGAACUAAUUGCACUUCAUAAACAGCUUCAAAAUGUGGACAAGUUGUUAGAUCAAGAGAUGAGCCAUAUUGGUGACUAUGAAAUUAGUGUUGUCCUUACUGUAUAUAUAAAUAACUAGAUACCUAAGCCUAUAUCCUGUUUUUGUUGAAUAAUAGUUAUAACAAAAUAAAUAAUAUAAUAUAGAUUUCAAUUUUUCAACUUUCC